AUGACAUAAACGAUAUUUGCAACUAACUUCAGAACCUUGAUUCAAUCAUGUUUUCAUUGUCAAAUGAAGUUAACCUCACUUUUAGGUAAAUUGAGUAAUUUAACAAGUUUAAUUUUAAAUGAAACUAAAAUGUUAAAACCUUACGAUGUAUAUGGUAUGAUUGAGUUAAAUAGAGAGAAAUUCACAAGAAAAAUACAAAUACCGAAAGUUUAUAUUGAAGGAGUUAAAAUUUCCGAUGUGUUAAUAUAUUUUAAGCCUUAUUUGUUAAAGUUACAACACUUUAAAGCCGUACAAAGCAAAGAAAGUAGUACUAUAUUGUUCUUAGAUCCCUUAAGAAUUAAAAGAUGGGAUGAUAUAGAGCUUGGAGUACAAAACAAUUUAAAAAAAUUUUCAAUCAACGAAUCUAACCUCAAAAUGGAAGAUUUUGAAUUAAAAUAUGAUUAUUUCACCGCUGAGGAUAUUUUAAGGGCGGUUUUACCUUCAGAUAAAGAAGGUAUGGCUAGUUUCACUCAAAUUGGCCAUAUAAUUCACGUAAAUUUAAGAGAACACUUAUUACCUUUUAAGAAAUUAAUCGGAGAGGUGUUAUUGGAUAAAAUAAGUGGUUGCGAAACAGUUGUUAAUAAAAUAAACAACAUUGAUAAUACUUACCGGAACUUUUCAAUGGAAGUACUUUGUGGAAAAAAUGAAACAAAAACGAGUUUAAAAGAAAAUAAUUGUAUAUUUGAAUUUGAUUUUGCUACUGUUUAUUGGAAUUCAAGGCUGAGUACUGAACAUGAAAGAAUCGUUAAGAUUAUUCAACAAGGAAAUGUUCUUUUUGAUGUUUUUGCCGGUGUUGGUCCAUUUUCAAUUCCAUGUGCGAAGAAAAAAUGUGAUGUUUAUGCAAACGAUUUAAACCCAGAGUCUUAUUUUUGGUUAAACCAUAAUGUUAAGAAAAAUAAGGUUAAUUUAAAAAGUUAUAAUCUCGAUGGACACGAUUUUAUUGAAAAUGUUAUUAAAAAAGAAUUAUUACAGCAUAUUAAUAACAAAAAGCAAGUUUAUAUUGUUAUGAAUUUACCUGCUUUAGCUGUAGAGUUUUUACAUCAUUUUAAAGGAAUGUACAGUGAUGGGGAGAUUAAGGAAAUGGUUAAUCCACCUGUUAUUUUUGUUUAUUGCUUCGCUAAAGGUGAAAAUUUUGAAGAAAUCACCAAAGAGAUGAUAAAGAAAAACUUAGGGGUGGAUCUUGGGGAUAAACUGAGUUUGUUUAGAGUGAGAACGGUGAGUUCUUUCAAAGAGAUGAUGAGGGUUAGUUUUAAAUUAGACGAAGAGUUGUUGGUUAAUUAUAAAAAAGGAGAAAAAAGAAGUUUAGAAGAGGACUAAGAAAAUAAUUUUAUAACAAUU